AUGUUCCACCUGGUGCUUGUGAGUGGGUUGCUGACAGGGGUGCCAUCGUGGGGGUCCUUCGCCCUCCUCCGGGAGUCCAGCCUUAAUGAAGAACAGCCGCUCGAGUCGUCUGUGGUUACCCUCAAUGAGAGCUGCAGGGAGCAGGUCCUCCAGGAAGUGGGUUCUGCUACGCUCCGGUUGCUCCGGUUGGACAGCCCCCCCAGGAUCGCAGCUGGCAUAAGGAGGCAGGCGCAUGAAGCUUGGGAAAUGAUGAAACUGCCAGAUCUGUCCAGUGGGGGCCAGCAUUUCAAUCUUUCGUCCAACGAGACGCUGCUGUUCCGAAGAGAGAGCUGCACCCAAAUUUCCCACCGCAUCACGUUGGAUGAUCUUGGCUGGCAAAGCUGGGUGCUGCACCCCGUGUCCUUCGUCUUCACCCAGUGCCUUGGGUGCCGCUGCCACCGAAAGGACAAGGCCCCUCCGCUGCCCCUUUGGAUUCAAGACUGCGGACUCGAGCAGCCGAGCCGUCGGCCUGAUGGGGAAGCCAAGCAGAGACACUGCUGCCAGACCCGCCGGGCAUUGAUGCCCUUCGUGUUCCUCAAAGAGGACGGCUCAUUGGUCAUUCGAGCAAUCCGCCUGGAACGAGACUGCCACUGCCGCCCCUGAGGCUUUGCCCCCAUCCUGGCUGGCGUAGAAGGCGCCCCACGCCAAGGGUGACGGGAAUUUGCAACGGAGGACUGCUGGAGCAUCAGCAGAGGACGCCCCCAACUGGCAGUUGUCAAUGUUGGGGCAGAGCAGUGGAAGAACCUUUCUCCCACAAGGGACAUUAAUGGGGUGAGAAGGGAGUCCAUUUCUCUUCAUGCUUGGUUACUACAGAGGAAUCCUCUGAUCCAAAUGGAAUCGGAAAAUACUAUCCCCUUCACAAGUUGCUGGGACUACAACUUUCCAUUAUCCCUCACCGCUGUCCAUGCUGUCCAGAGAUGAUGGGACUUGGGAGUCCCAACAAUUUCUGGAGGGCCACGGGUUCCUCAUCCUGGAAACAAAAGAUAACCAUGUUGGAAUUGAUUUUGCUGUUGGAAGGUUACCCAAGAAUUGUAUUACAAAACUACAACCCAAAAGC